AUGGCUUCAAGAUUGGCUUUUUGCAUAGCUAUAGUUCUCAUCUUCCUUUGGAGUGUUGCUGAUGCUUUUGUGUAUUCACCACCUAAAAUCUUCAAUGUGGUGAACUAUGGUGCAAGAGCUGACGGAAACACAGAUGACAGUCAGGCAUUCCUGAGAGCAUGGAGUGAUGCAUGUCAAUGGAAAGGAAGCAGCACAGUCUUGAUUCCAGGGGGAACCUAUAUGCUGCAUUCAAUCACAUUUUCGGGGCCAUGUCUUGCAGAAAUGACAUUUUUUAUGAGAGGAACUCUUAAGGCUCCUACUAUUCCUGCUUUGUUCUUCACAGAUACUUGGAUUGGAUUUCAUUCUGUUGAUAAUUUGACUGUGACUGGGAGUGGAUAUUUGGAUGGUCAAGGUGCUUCUGCUUGGCAUUAUAAUGAUUGCUUCAAGAACUCUCAAUGCUUGCCCCUCCCUUCUAGCUUGAGGUUCGACUUUAUCAGAAAUUCCAAAAUACAGUACCUAAGUUCAAUCAACAGCAAAAAGGUCCAUAUCAACCUUUUUGCAUGCAACAACAUAGACAUCAGUUACGUUAGGGUGUCUGCUCCGGAGAACAGUCCAAACACAGAUGGAAUCCACAUUGGGGCAUCGACCAACAUCAAGAUAUCAAGAGUAAGCAUUGGAACAGGCGAUGAUUGUAUAUCCAUGGUUUCCGGCAGCCAGAACAUUGACAUUUCUGAAGUUAUUUGCGGCCCUGGUCAUGGCAUCAGCAUCGGAAGCCUUGGUAAAGGCUCUCAAAACCAAAAUGUUAUGGGCAUAAGCGUCAGGAACGCCACUUUCUGGAACACUGAAAAUGGUGUGAGGAUCAAGACUUGGUCACCUUCUUGGUCCAGUUUGGCUUCAAAUAUUAGUUUCCAGAACAUCAUAAUGAAAAACGUUGGCAACCCCAUCAUUAUUGAUCAGAAGUACUGCCCACAUUGCCCACCAUCGGGUGGUGAAUCAGUCUCAAAAGUUCAAAUCAGAGAUGUAGAAUUCAACGACAUUUCGGGCACAUCCAGUUCAAAGGUUGCACUAUCUUUGCAAUGUAGCAAAUUGGUGCCAUGCCAAAACGUGAAGCUUGUGGAUAUUGACUUAGCUUACAAAGGCCUAGGAGUGCUUGCCAUUGCAUCUUGCUCUAAUGUUAUUGGUACUUCCUAUGGCAUACAGAAUCCUGGAGGUUGCCUUUAG